UUGCAGUCUUGAAGGUACAAACGAAUUGAUUAAUGACGGGAACAGCAGCAAAUACGCAUCUGCUGCUUAUUUGAUAGGUUGUUGUUCCAUACUUGUGCAUUGGUUCAUUCCAAAACCGUUUCAUAGACCGUGUUAAUCCAACUUAUCAAGCCGAUGUUCACAGGAAAUAUGAGCGAUAUGUUCACGACGAGUGAAAUCAUAAAAUAUGACAACAAGUGCACGAACAGCGAUUUCUUGGCUUUGAUAGCAGAUAAGAACAGCACGCAGCUGAGAGAGCUUUGUUUCAAAAUAAUGGAAAUUAAGGAUCCGUUUCAUUCACUCAGUCUUUUACUACGGAUAUAUACGAACAAACCGUUCAUAAAUAGCUUGUUUAUGGAACGACUGUCGUCCUUAGUACGCGAAGUCAAAGGAGAGAAGUACUUAAGGAUAAAAAACCUGGACGAACGAGUUUACUGGCUGAUGAUGCGGCACGCAGAGGAGAACGAUGUGCAGGCGAUGAUACAUUGUGCCUCCAUCAUCAAAAUAAACGGUACCAAGCUGGAAGAACUCAAGAGAUAUUUUAGUUACAGCUUGGUGUACCAGUACUACAAGAGCAUCUGCAAGAACAUAUUUAAAGAAAAGUACAGAAGACAGGAAAUUGCACUGGUCAUACGAUUGAUGGACAGCGCUUCGCUGUGCUUCAAGAAUUUGUACCCGGUUAUAAAAAAGAUAUCGAAAUGUGCAAGGCAGAAAUCAAUUGAUAAGAGUGUCAUUGAAUGUGCAAAGCUAUUGGGAUGUGUUAUAAAGUAUGAACCAAGAGCGGUGCACGACCAUCAAGAUUAUGUUACGUCUGUGUUGUCGUUUUUGUGCGGUGUUCUGACCGACAUAAAAAAUUACGUGUUCCUUGGGUUGGAGGAUCUUAACGAAAUUGUGAUAGCUGUGGGACGGAUAUGCGAGUAUGAAAAAGACAACUUUGGUCUUUCCAAACUUUUAACCGGUUUAUACGCCAAUUCGUAUGAUAUAAUAUACAAGUACAACAAGAUACGUGCACAUCUGGAAGAGGAUCUUGUCUGUUUGACAGUCAAUUUGCAGCUUGUACGUAUCCUGUACCGUGUGACAUAUCAUCAGGGACUGAGAGCGUUUAACUACAAUCAGUUCUACAAUGACAUUGUCAACUUGAAGUAUGGAAAGCCGGUCAAUCUGUCGAUGCGAAAAUACAGGCGUGUACUCAGCACGUUCUAUGCGAGUAAGUACCGGCUGUUGGACAUGGUUUAUGACGAUCAGUGCUUUAACACAGACAUGCUUAUUGCAGACAUUUCUAUGUGUUCCGACUUCUAUGGUGUACUUAAAAAUUUGAAACGAUUGUUGAUGAAGCUGGAGCUGGACAAGCUGAUUCGUAUUGGUGUAACUGCUGUAAACACAUGCGGAGAUGUGCACUGCAAAUCAGGGAAUGGCGACUUAUCUAAUAGGGCGAGUGAGCAGAGAAACGUGGAUAAACAGCAAGAAGAGAACACGGAUGAACGGAGGGUUGCAGAUGGUAGUGUAUCGAAAUGUAAAAGAGACGAAAAUGCGGAGCGAAAUUUGCAACAAGCGAUGAGCGGAGAGAAGAACGGUGAGACAAUGGGUUGUACCGUGAAAAUGAAUGGCUCAAAAUCGAAGAAUAAUGAGACAAUGGGUUGUACCGUGAAAAUGAAUGGCUCAAAAUCGAAGAACAAUGAGACAAUGGGUUAUACCGUGAAAAUGAAUGGCUCAAAGUCGAAGAACGGAUCAGAUGCAACAGCAGUGAAGAAUGAUCCAUCCUUUGACGAAAAAAAUUACGUGUUUUUGAUAAAAUUUGCCUUGAAGCGCUGUUUUCUGGAUCAAAAUGACUUUAAAGCAAAUGUGGAACUUUACAAAAAGUUUUUGGUGGAUAAAGGACCUUCAUUGGUCCUGCUGGCAACGAGUGCAUUUGCCAGGAACAUGGAAGAUCUGAAAUACACGGAUGCUCAUCUCGAUCUACUGUCAUUUAUGUUUGUGCUACAUCUCAAUGAUAGAAAUAACAGAAUUGUACGCAAGAAGGAGAAAGUUGUAAUUGCUGCCUACGAUGCACUGGCCAACGGCGAAAAGAUCAUAUUCAUGAAAAAACGUGUUCACGAAUCUCGAAAAUCUGAAGUACUACGAAUUUAA